AUGCGCCAUUCUUUGGAUCAUUCGUUCGGUUUGCAACGAACUGCGUCCGAUCGAGAUGCGUUGGAGGGCAAGCUGGAAGUCGAAGCUGCCGCGGCCGCGGCACAUGGUGUCUCACGUAUACCUGUUGAGAAGCAACACGACAAAGCAUGCGAUGACAACUCCGACCCUUCGCUUGAAAUGAAGAAGGCGAGGCGUAUCAUCGGAUUUGCUCGGUUUAUGGCAAAAACACGACAACGGUAUUGCGUGCUGAGUACUUUGGGUAAAGACACGAACCUGGGAAUCUACACGGGCAAGGCACUCCGGACGGACGACGUUGUCAACUUUCCAGAAAUCGCCAUUCCGCUGCUCUUCCGCGAAUGGGGCGAGCACGUCGAAGGGGUUGCCGACGGUACACUCUGGGAUCGCUACAUCUGGGAAGGCGAAGUCGCCGAUUUGGAAACCUACACCGAUCGCAACCGCAUCGACAACCGCGCCGUCUUUGUGCCGGGCGUUGGCUGCACUGUCAACUCGGUACUCGACAUGAACAACAUUGAGAGCACGCACGGAUCCACCUACGAUACCGCUGGCUUGCACCGAUCGCGGGAUCCCGGUACCGGUGCCUUUUCGCCCUACCACAGCGCGCUUACUACCGCCGUCACCGAUAUUGCCCCCGGCGCCGAGCUGUUCGCCUCCUACGGGGACUACUGGGUACCGUCCAUUCCGGGAGUGCAAGUCACACUCGAUGAAGUCCUCGACGUGACCGAAGACUUCUUGCAGAACGAUUUGUACGAAUUUGUGCAGUCGCACCGUGACGCCGAUGCGCUCACUCCCGACGUCAAGGAAGCGCUCUUUGCUUUUGUCAAGGACUUUCCCCUGCCCAAUCAGCCUUUUUCUAAUCUGCCUCGCAACGUUCCCUGGGCCGACGUCGAACGGGCUAUCCACAAAGCCGUCACACACCGCAAACACACUGAUACGACAACUGACAAUGUUAGCGGCGAGUCCUCCGUUGCACGACAGUUCAUUCGGGAACAGUCGAUCCGUGAUCUAGCCUGGUUAGACGAACACGGCUACUGUCAGGAUCAUCUGCGACCAGGUCGCUCCACACUACCCCAAGCCGGACGCGGGGCUUUUGCUACCCGUAAUCUCCCGGCCGGAAGCGUAGUCGGCUACGCCCCGCUCAUUCAUAUUGGACUGCACGGGCGCGAAGUUUUACGUAUCACUUAUCCUCCCAGCGAACACGAUCAUCACGUUGGGAACGUAGACAUCGACGGUGAGAACGGCACGACACCGCGCACCAAUUACGAUCUUGUCCUCAACUACAGCUUUGCCCAUCGCAAUUCAACCGUCAUACUUACACCCUACGGCGGAAUGGUAAACUAUAUCAAUCACGGUAGUACAACUAGCGGGCGUGCCAACGUACAGGUGCGGUGGCCGGACAAAUCCUUGAUCGCUCACGUCCCAUCCUGGCUGGAACAAGACCCCAUUUUCUUGUCGGAAACCGUCGAAAAGAUUGGCCUAAGCUUCGAGUACGUGGCUUUGCGUGAUAUUUCCGAGGGCGAAGAAGUCUUCAUGGACUACGGUCCCGAGUGGGAACAAGCUUGGCAGACUCACGUGGAACAAUGGCAACCUGUCCCCGACGCGGAACGGUACCAACAUACUUCAGAGUGGAAGGACCUGAUUGGUAAAGACGAGCGCGGUGAUUCUAACAUGGUGUUGCGUACGAUGGAAGAGCUGGAGUCCAAUCCGUAUCCUCCCAAUGUUGUGACCAUGUGUCGGGACAGCUACCGUGUAACGCAAGCUGGGACGUUUGAAUGGUUACCCGUCCUCCGACAAGGACACGAAAGGGUGUACUGCAACGUGCUUGAGAGGAAACAGUACAAAUCGGAAGCGGAUGAUUCUGUUGCCAACGACGAAAGCAACCCCUCUGUAACGCUGUACGUAGUGGCAAUGCAAGUUGGGAGCGCUCGCGAUAACCGGGUCGAGGAGAGAUCGGAUGCUGACGAAGUUGGUGACGCUGACGAAUGGAUUGUAGUGGAGCGGGUCCCUCGGGAAGAGAUUUUUGUAUACGACCGGGCUUUUUCGGCGGAUUGGCAUUUGCCAAACGUUUUUCGACAUCCCAUGAUGAUUCCGGAUUACGUAAUGCCACUCGCAUGGAUGAACGGGCCGCCAGAGGAUGCUUUUUAAUUACUCGAAUUACGACUCUAGGUUUGUACAACUU